GGGGAGGAGCGGGCGGGCGCAUGCGCAGGCGGGGAGUGCGCUGAAAUUCAAACGGCGAGCGGUUGGGACGGCCUGAGGCACCCUGAGGCGGCUGCGAUGGACCCCUUUACUGAGAAACUGCUUGAACGAACCCGGGCAAGGCGAGAGAACCUGCAGAAGAAAAUGGCUGAGCGGCCCAACAUGGGAGCGAGACCUACAGUACAGACCAAGAGGGUCAGAGAGCCCCUGCUAGAAACUGGUAACCAGGCAUCUUUUCCUGGUGAAGAAGCGAAACCUAUUACAAAACUGUCACCAACAAAGAGGCUCUGCUCAGGCAAUAUGGAGACUCAAGCUUCCAGUACAGAGAAUGUUCAGCCUGUUCCUUCAAAUUCCACAAGCCAUCGUUCUCCUGAGGUGACUUCAGAGUCACACGUAACUGCAUCUAACAGAGCUUCAUUGGUUCAGCCUCUUGAGAAAGGAAAAACAAACACCAAGUCAGAAACUUCUGCAGCCCUUUCAGUCAAAACACGUAUGCAGAAACUGGCAGAACAGCGACGCUGCUGGGAUAGCGAGGAUCCCUCUGAAUGCGCUCCUCUGUCCCCCCUCCAGUCAAAAGACCUGCCUGUUUCUCCACCGAAGCAGACAGCUAAUGCUCUGGGGAGCAAUACUCCUACUGGGAGACGGGGCCGUUUAGCUAACCUUGCUGCUACAAUUGGCUCCUGGGAAGAUGACCUAAGUCAUCCAUCUGCAAAGCAAAACAAUGCACAAGAACAGCCUGGCACUACUUGUUUAUCCAAAUUGUCCACUACAAGUGGAGCAUCUGCUAGAAUCAAUAGUAGCAGUGUAAAGCAGGAAGCUGCAUCCUGUUCUCAAAGGCUUGUUGAGGCUUCUAUUAAUAAACCAGCAAACUCAAAGAUAGCGGAUUCAAAUAAUUUUAUGACACAAUCCUCAAGCAUCACUGUUCCCACUUCUAAGGAAUCUGAAGUGCGACAGCCACUAAUAGAGAAGCCCUACAGCCCUCAGAAAACUGAAAAACUUACACAACCUGUAAAAUCAACUUUGUCUCAACCAGUUCAGACCAAAGAAGAGCCAGUCAAAGGAACACAUGUGCAACUCGAACAUAAGGAUAAACCCACAACACCAGGGGGAUCAGGAAUUAAGCCCUUCCUGGAACGCUUUGGAGAACGCUGUCAAGAGUAUAGUGCACGCAGUCCUGCUACGAAUACACCAGGGUACAGAACACCCACUGUCACUCCAAAUACACGGACAAUCCAGGAAAGGCUUCUCAAACAACAUGAAAAUUCCUCUACUGCCAGUUUAGCGCUUCAGCUUAAGCAGGAACGUGAACGAGAACUUGCAUGUAUUCGUGGCCGGUUUGACAGGGGCAAUCUGUGGGGCACAGAGAGAAGUGAAAGUUCUAAGAGAAAACUUCCAGAAGCUAAAAUGGAUAGCCCAUCUCAAGCUAGUCCAAAACGUCCUCCUUGUUCAGACGCCACCGCUUCUGGAUCAGCAGAUGACAGGCCACCAAGGUCUCCCAGUGUAGAAUCUUCAGAUGCUCCUAAAUGUGAAGAGACUAAUUCCAGUCCUCUGAAGAUUACUCAGCCGAAGAGCCCUGUGAAAGCGGUGUCUGUCUCUCAUCGUAAACAACUUGUUGAGAAACCAAAUGAUGAUGUACGUGAAGUUGAAAUGAGUGUGGAUGAUGAGAUGAAUAGCUCAAAAGUGAUAAGUGAAAUCUUUGAAAUUCUUCAAGAGGAUGGUCCAGACAUAGAAAAGCUGAAGAAAGAAAUGAGCAUGAGCCUAGAAGGUGAAAGUGAUGAGGAUGACCAGGAAAAGUCACUAAAUAUUUCAUCAAUGUCUCUGUUAACUCCUCUAGUGGAAUCUGUUGGUCAAGAGGCCUUUGUUUCUCCUUGUAAGUCAAUCAGUGGGGAUAGCAGUGUCAGUGAUGUAAGUCUGAAGUCUGCUAAGUUCCAAAGGACUGAAGUCCCCAGGGCAGAUUCAGGAGACAGUAUUAGCUCUACGUCAGAAGAUCGCAACCUCCUGUAUAGUGUUGAUGCGUAUAGAUCUCAAAGACUUAAAGAAGUAGAACGUCCUUCAAUAAAGCAAGUCAUUGUUCGCAAAGAAGAUGUUACUUCCAAACUGGAAACAAAAAAGAAUGGGCCAUCUGAUCAAAUCAAUAUCAAAAAGAAGAUGCAGGAGCUGAAUAAUGAGAUUAACAUGCAGCAGACAGUGAUUUAUCAAGCCAGCCAAGCACUUAAUUGCUGUUUUGAUGAAGAACAUGGAAAAGGGUCGCAAGAGGAAGCAGAAGCAGAGAGACUACUUCUCCUUGCAACUGAGAAGAGAACUGCUUUAUUGGAAGAAUUAAGUAAACUAAAGAGCGAGGGACCUCUUCUUAAAAGAAAUAAAGCUGCUUCCACAUCUUUGGAGUUUACUCCAUCCAGGGGAUCUGUUUCCAUUUCAGAGAUGCGUCUACCUCUAAAAGCAGACUUUAUUUGUGGUACAGUUCAAAAACCAGAAGUAGCAAGCUACUACUAUGUGAUAAUACUGAGAUCUGGAGCAGAAAAUAUAGUUGCAACUCCAUUAGCAAGUACUGCCAGCUCCCUGAAUGGAGAUGCUCUUACCUUUACUACAACAUUUAUUAUGCACAAUGUGUCAAAUGACUUUGAAAUAAAUCUAGAAGUUUACAGUUUGGUGCAGAGAAAAGAAGUUGCAAGCACUGAUAAAAGGAAAAAGGCAAAUAAAUCUAAGGUUAUCACUCCAAAGAGAUUAUUAACAUCUAUUACCUCUAAAAGCACCCUUCUUACUCCAGCCAUGGCCAGUCCAAGCUGCCCUAAUGCAGUCCGCACUACUAAUUUCAUCCUUGUCGGAUCCCACAAGCUAUCAUUGUCUUCUGUAGGAAAUGCCAAAUUUGCUUUGGAAAAGGUUCCUGUUUUGUCUCCAUUGGAAGGUCAUAUAUAUCUAAAGUUAAAAUGCCAAGUGGACUCUUCUGUGGAGGAAAAAGGAUUCUUGACUAUGUUUGAAGAUGUUAGUGGAUUUGGAGCAUGGCAUAGGCGCUGGUGUGUACUUUCUGGAAACUGUAUAUCUUACUGGACAUACCCAGAUGAUGAAAAACGAAAGCAUCCUUUGGGCAGGAUAAACUUGGCUAACUGCACUAAUCGUCAGAUUGAACCUGCCAACAGGGAGUUCUGUGCCCGUCCCAGCACUUUUGAACUGAUAACUGUCCGUCCACAGAGAGAAGAUGAUAGAGAGACCCUUGUCAGCCAGUGCAGAGACACGCUCUGUGUUACAAAGAAUUGGCUGUCUGCUGAUACUAAAGAAGAGCGUAACCUUUGGAUGCAAAAGCUCAACCAGGUUCUUGUUGAUCUUCGUAUGUGGCAACCUGAUGCUUGCUAUAAACCAAUUGGAAAGCUUUAGGCACUGGAAGGCAAAUAUGAAGAAAACACAUGCAAAAGGCCGCAAGAACUACACAAAAAAAAAGUUAAAUGAAAAUUUGUGGAAAGUUCUCUGGAUUACUUAAGCUUUAAAUUUGAGAGUACAUACCUUUAUACAGGACUUUUAUGCAGUAUUUUUAUCUCACUUUAAGAGCUCUAAAACUUUUUUCCUAGCUUUUGAUUAUGGUAGGAAGCAAUUAGCUGUUUCUAAAUAUGCUAAAUAUUUAUAUAACUCCUUUUUUUGGAAGUCUCUUUAGCUAAGUACAUUCUCUUAUUGAAAUAACUAAAUUAUUGGAGGAGAGUGAGGAGGGUGGGGAAGCUAGUGAAUACACAAGCUUACUAGUUAACUCAGCUGCCUGAAAGAAACAUUAGCUCAGAGUUAUAUUAGAAGGAUGGUGCUGAAGCAGGUAUAUUAAUGUUGGAGCAUUUCUUAUAAUGAUCAGGCAUAGAAUUUAUUAGUAAAUUUUAUUCUACAACAUGCAGCAUAAGUAUUUCUUGCUUGCACAAAGUCCUUUUCUUCUGGUCAGACCAAAAGAUGUGCACAAUAUUCAUACUUCUUUGUAUUAGAUUUUUAUGCUGUUUCUCAUACCAAACUGGUAUGGAUAAUUGCAUGUAUGCUAUAUGGUUUACAGGUAUGGAAUUACGUAUGCAGUACAUUGCACUUUGAUAGAAAUGAAAGGUCUUGAAUAUUUUUGUUAGGACUGCUAUAUAAAAAUUAGCUCCAGGUUUGUGUAUGUCAGUAUGUCUUGGAACUCAUGGUUUGUACAAGCUUGAAUUCUACUCAAUUUGAGAACCAGAAAUAGGUUAUAAAAUUGCUUUUUCAGUAAGACACUAUAAAGCUGCUAUCUACCAACUAAUACUCUUGCCAAAAGUAUGGAUCUUCACCACCACCAUAGACAUGUCCAUAAAUGCAGACAAAAAGAGUACUUCAGACCCAUCAUUAAAAUGGCAGAACUAGUCAGUAAAAACCUGCAGUUUUCA